UCCUCAAGAGAUUCUCAAACACUACAUGGAGCAGCUAUUUCCAAUAUGAACAAAGAAUUAAUUUUCUCUGGCUUAUUUCACGCCUCCUGUGUCUUGGAUAACGAGCAAGGUCAUUAGCUUUCCACCGAAGCCACGCAGUCAGUAAACCCAGGAUGAAUUUUCAAUUCCAUUGUCAUGGGCAACGUCGGGGAAACACAAUUUUCCUUGCGUCAAUACGCCAACUUGUAUGGAUUGGUCCCUACCUCCAUCCCAGCUAAUCAAUACAUGAUAUUUUUGUCUGUUAUUUUUGCAGAUGUUGUUCUCUCAGAUCGCUUUAAUUACUCUGUCAAAUUUGUCGGGUGUGGGAGGCAGCAUUUGUCGACGGUUCGAUCUGGUUUUUUUUUUCAUUCAGCGAUGGGCGAAAAGGCGUAUGUGCGUUGGUGGGCCAGUAAUUGGAAUCGCCCCAUUUCGAUCACACCUUGCGCAAGUAUCAGUAAUUCAAAAAAGCAAGCUGGCUUUUUCAGCGUUUGAUAGCAUUGGAAGCAAGAAGAUAAUCAGGCUGUCUUUUUAAAGUUUUUUUCAAGCGGGUAAGGGUGGUCUCUGUGAGUGCGAGGUGAAUCCGGCAACCUCCGUAGUCUGGAACUAAACCAGAUUCAAAACCUGGAUAACUGACUACGAGCAGGAGUUUAGUGUAUUCUUUGCUGUGGUAGAUGAUUAUUGAUACCCUUUCACUUCUCCUGUGAUGUAAUAUUUCUGUAUUUGCUUACCAUUAGAUGUUAGGCCUUGCAUAUCGACAUGAAGGAUUAUUCCUUGGUAGCCGUGCCACGGGUUGCAUCGAUGGAGCUUUAAUAAUCGGAUGUCAUCUCAAAUCUGUGCAAUGUGAUGAUGAUUGCCGUGCAUCAAACUCAAGUGCAAUUUCCCUUAAUAACAUUUGCCUUAAUAUUACCUCAAAAUGAAUAGUCGCUCUUCACAGACUAAAAGCAAUGAAGCAAUAUGGAGCAUUGUGCUAUGUCAGGCAUGUCAUAGAUGAGCCAAUCGAGACAGUUGGUUGGGGUCCCUAAGGGGCCCAGAAUUACAAGGGAUCAAGCCACCAUGCUGUGGCUCGAUCUUUACGCCGAAGGAGGCACCCGGUUUAAGCUCAGUGCCUACUCCAAGAAAAAGAUGGGCCAGAGAGGAAAGACCUGUGGAUUGAUGAUCGUUGGGAGGGGGAUCUCGUCGCGCAAUGACAGCCACACGUCCAUCCCGCUUCCCGAGAGACCGGAGGAGGUCCUUCCCUUCCCGUUCAUCCAGAGUGUUAGCCGCGCCCUGGACUCCUACCUGACCUCCUCCAUCGGUGACGAGUCCGCGUCGACGACGGAGGAGGAGCAACAGAACGUGCUCGUCAUGUCCAUUAACAAUGGCUGGACCACGGGCAACUCGACGGAGAGGAGCAGUCUCUUUUCGUGGGGUGACGAUGAGUUUGACAAGCUCUCGGCCAAGCGGGUGCAGCGCAUGUUCGAUGAAAUUGACAGCAUGCUGUACGAGGGGCAGAAAAACUCUUCGUCGAGCUCCCAGCUCCAUAAUGAGUGUAAAGUCUGGAAGGCGCGCUUUCCACAUCUAAGAAUUCUCGGAAGUCAACUCAUAGCACCAAGUGAUGAAGGCUUUCAGCUCUUUCCUCAAGAUGAGCCCUCAUCGACGACCACCGGUGUCUUACUCGACAUCGCUGACCACGAAGUACCUGGUAGAUCAACUCAAAAUAGACAUGGCCUGACAUUAUCAGGUCAUCACAUACACCCUAUCCCGAGUGUGGACACGCCCUCCUACCCUGAGAUGACAAUGACGGAUAGUGUGAACACGUUAGAAGAAGAGAUCAUUGAAUCGGAUGGCACGGUGGAAGAAUUCUUUGCGUAUGAUAAUGCAAGGCAAGCAGAUGACGAUAACCACGAGAGGAAAGUGUACCACACGGUCACGAGACGAGAAGGCUUCCCCCCACUCACGCCCAACGCGUGUGUCCAGAAUACGGUGCUCAGUCAAACCUUUGAUGUCCUAUGGGCUGAAGUUGUCACCUGGAUGAGAUCACUCAUCAAGAGACACCAAGAAGAUAAAGAGAAGAACCUUGUUAGUCGACCAGCUGUGGAGCCGGAUCAUCCGGACACCAACAUGACGCCUAUCAUGGCUCCUACCUACGUCCUACCUCUUAGUCCCAGUCCUUUGGGGGUAACGGCUGGAAGGCUCAUGGACCCACCUGGCAAGCUAGCCCCUAUGGGUUCUUUCCGUGUGGGACCGUCUGCUCCCUUCAACUGGCAGGCACCCAAGUCCAACUCAUUGACCGGCGUGAUGACCAUCUCGUCAAAGGCACUCCAUACUCGACAAGGGGAGAAGGAGAGGAUACCCUCUGCUAUGAUUGAGGAAUCCCCUGCACUUCCGGCGACCCUGACACGACCCAACAGCAGUAGCCUUGCCAUCAAGGGUAUCAACAAUAGACCUACCAGUACCAGGAUGUCCGACGUCCACGGUCAUCGGCUAUCAUCGGCGAGAGGCGGAAGGAGUCGUCUGCGACCCAUCGAGAGGGUCAAGACACCGAAUGUGCAGGGCAUGGACGCCCUGAUCACGGGAAAGAGAAUGAUGACUGCUAAUGACAGGCUGAAUUCCCCACCCCACCUGGCUGCAUCACCCCCUCAUCAAUGGAGUCGAAAUACCAUGCUACCUCCCAUCGAGUCGGUUCAAGAGAAUGGUCUCUAUAGAGAAAACCAAAGACCCCCUACAUCGUCAGGAAAACGAGACUUCUCAAGGCAUCGGAUAUCAAGUGCCGUCAUCGACGAUAGGGGGCAGAGACCAAACAAGAACCUACAGCCGUUUCCUUACAACGACUCUAGGCCGAAUACAACACAUUCUUUCAGGUCCGACAUGAUGCUCGCAAGACGGUCAUCGACCCCUCAGAGUAUAACCAACAUAUUAAAAGCUGCAUCAGGAACAAUGCAAGGUGUACCAGGACAGCUGAACGACCUGGGAAUCAUCACCGGACGCGGCAUCAACCCUGGUGGACUCUCUCAGCUAGAGGGAAACAUCGGAAACAGUCAGUACGGGUCACAGCAACAAGGCUACCUCAAGACGUUAUAGCGAUGGUUGAACGUGCAGCUGGCUUUGGGCGCCAAACUCACAAAUGAUUGAACAUUUUUAUAUGACAAAACAUUUCGCCAAAGAGCUGUGCUGCACAACCACGGUUUCCUGUAAUUGUGUCGGUGUGUAAGAGCUGAACACUGUUCAAGUUGAUUUACGACUGUGAAAGAUUGCAUUGUUAAAUGUGCCACUGAGCAAGUGCUACAAGUGCCUUUGCUAUAAAGGAGACAUCAUCAUCUCCAUCUUCACCAAAAGGAUUUGAGGAGACCAGAAGAACUGAACUAGGGCCAUAUGAGUUCAUCAAGGAGUCCAAAACACCAGAGGGACUGGGUUUAGACCAAGUCCUGUCGACCGAGUCUUGAGGGCUCUUUGGGUGCCUUAAAGAACUUAAAACACUUGAGGGGCUACAAUAAGGACCAGGUCAUUUGGACCUGUUCUUGCAGACCAUGAGGGUGCCUUGAAAUGUGUUAGAUGUCAGAGAGGCUGCAUUUAGACCAGGUCCUUCACACUUAGUCCUGUGGGUAAUAUGGGUCCUCAAGGAGUUGGAGACUUGGAACUGCCACGUUUGGAACAGAUCUUUGUAGAUCUGGUCAUGGGGACCAGGUCAAUACGGACAAGGACCUGGACUGGGUGGAAGUGGAUUCUUGGAGCUAACUAACAUAGUUGUGCUAAACCUUUCAACCAUGAUGUUUGUACAAUUUUGAGUUAAAAGAGAGAUGCCAAAUUACUGUUUAACGUCCUGUACACUUUCCUGGAAAGUUAUGACAGUGUCCUCAAUUUCCUAAUAUUUUGAAAAUUAUAAUCGAGUUGUGUCUUUCAUGCAUGUCUACCCAUUUUAACCCUGAAAAAAAAUGGAACAUAACUUUUAGCAAUCAUCUGUGUAAUACACUGAUUCCUCUUGUCCAUGAAAGAAGAGAUUACAUUCACAUACAGUACAGGGCUCUGUUACAGAAAAUAAUACAAUUGAUUGUAAUGGUAAGUCUAUGGGCAAACCAUUUACAAACAAUUCUAAUCGAUUGUAAAUAAUGUAUCUCUCCUGGGCCCCAAUAUAGAAAGAGUUACGAUUGAUCCAAAUGACCGAAACUCUAUGGAAAUCCAUCAGUGUCAUAAUUUUUUUCUACAGGAAA